CCGUUAAUCGCAUGCUAGGUCUCGGGCGGCCUUCAUUCAAACGUCGACCCUCAAUUUUGGAUCUGAUUCACCAGGAUACCACCGUCUCGCCCAAAAUACAGUCUCGUACCACCCAAGCGAACAAUAAGCAGCUUCCCGUUGGUGUCGGUCGUCGCAAGUCCGUGCCAGACGACGACAACGCCGUUCUUCAGCCUUCGCUUCCACCCGAGUCUCUUCCCCUUUCGCAGCACACAAUGCCUUCCAAAGAUUCUAAAGGCACUCACCCGGAAGAUGCAGCAUAUCAUGGCGCCGUCUUCUCAGUCUCCGGUCCCGUCAUCGUGGCCGAGGGUAUGAUAGGCUGUGCUAUGAACGAGCUGUGUAAAGUUGGCUAUGACCAAAUCGUCGGAGAAGUCAUUCGCCUCGAAGGAGAUCGAGCUACAAUCCAGGUCUACGAGGAAACCGCUGGAGUAAAGGUCGGGGAUCCUGUCAUUCGCACGGGGAAACCCUUGUCCGUCGAGCUUGGGCCGGGUUUGAUGGAAACGAUCUACGAUGGUAUCCAACGUCCGCUCAAAGCUAUUUCUGACGUUUCGGAUAGCAUUUACAUCCCUCGAGGCAUAUCCCUUCCAGCUCUUGACCGAAAGAAGAAAUGGGACUUCAAGCCAAUUAAUUUCAAGGUCGGCGACCAUAUCACGGGCGGGGACAUUUGGGGAACCGUGUUCGAGAACAGUUUGUUUCAUGACCAUAAGAUCCUCCUUCCUCCUCGUGCUCGAGGCACUAUUACCCGUAUUGCCGAAGCUGGUAGCUAUACUGUCGAGGAGAAGCUCCUGGAAGUCGAAUUCCAAGGGAAGAAGACAGAGUAUGGCAUGAUGCAUGUUUGGCCAGUUCGAGUUCCCCGCCCCGUCAACGAAAAACUUGCUUCGGAAUCACCUUUUAUUGUCGGCCAGCGUGUUUUGGAUUCUCUAUUCCCAAGUGUACAAGGAGGAACAGUUUGUAUUCCUGGUGCCUUCGGAUGCGGCAAGACCGUCAUCAGUCAGAGUGUUUCCAAGUUCUCUAAUAGCGACAUCAUUGUUUACGUUGGUUGCGGAGAGAGAGGAAAUGAGAUGGCCGAAGUCUUGAUGGAUUUCCCCGAGCUCUCUAUCACCGUCGAGGGACGAAAAGAACCCAUCAUGAAACGUACUUGCCUAAUUGCCAAUACAUCUAACAUGCCCGUAGCUGCCCGAGAAGCAUCCAUCUAUACAGGUAUCACUGUUGCAGAAUAUUUCCGUGACCAAGGCAAACAUGUCGCUAUGAUGGCCGACUCUAGCUCCCGCUGGGCGGAAGCGUUACGAGAAAUCUCCGGUCGUCUCGGUGAGAUGCCAGCAGAUCAAGGUUUCCCGGCGUAUCUCGGUGCAAAACUGGCAUCUUUCUAUGAACGAGCUGGAAACAGUCUAGCUCUCGGUAGCCCAGAGCGGAAGGGAAGUGUCAGCAUCGUCGGUGCUGUCAGUCCUCCGGGAGGUGAUUUCGCGGAUCCGGUUACUUCCAGCACUCUCAAUAUUGUCCAAGUGUUCUGGGGUCUCGACAAGAAGCUCGCCCAGCGAAAACACUUCCCGUCUGUCAAUACAUCGAUAUCCUACAGCAAAUAUACUGCCAUCCUCGACAAGUUCUAUGCAAAGGAGCACCCCGAGUUCCCCCGGCUGCGAGAUAAGAUCAAGGAAUUGCUGAGUAACUCCGAAGAGCUAGACCAAGUCGUUCAACUUGUGGGAAAAUCCGCUCUGGGAGACCCGGACAAGAUCACUUUGGAUGUCGCUGCGUUGAUCAAGGACGAUUUCUUACAGCAGAACGGCUACAGUGAUUAUGAUCAGUUCUGCCCUCUUUGGAAGACCGAAUACAUGAUGAAAGCGUUCAUGCAGUAUUUCGAUGAAAGCCAGAAAGCCAUCGCACAAGGUCAGAGCUGGACCAAAGUCAGAGAGGCAACCGCCGACAUCCAGACUACUCUCCGAAACAUGAAGUUCGAGGUUCCCGACGACGAGCAAGCAGUCACACAGAAGUACGAGAAAAUCCUCCAAGAUAUGUCGGAGAAGUUUGCUUCGGUUUCUGAUGAGUAGGAUUUCGGCUAAUUCAAUUCAAACCUGCCAUUCAGUUUUGGAAUUUUUGUAGCAUAAUGGCUCUAUUUCUCGCAGUCUAAUAGCU